AACAAUCUUCGAGUUUGAACAACAACUUACAGAUAGAUCCUUAUGGUCUGGAUUUUAUUAUUCAUUUAGACAAUUACACACUUUUUGAUAUGUUUGCCUUUUUAAAGUAACAACACAGUUUGACAUAACUGUUGGCUGGUCGACAUGGAAAGGGGGGUACCAGAUUUUGCCCUGGGACCUAAAAGAGGCCAGGUAGGAAUGGAUAGAGCAAACGCCCCCGUGUAUUGUGUCUGCCGCAAACCAGACAUCAACUGUUUCAUGAUAGGUUGUGACAAUUGCAAUGAAUGGUUUCAUGGGGAUUGCAUCGGUAUAUCUGAGAAGAUGGCCAAGGCAAUUAGGGAAUGGUAUUGUGAAAAAUGUCGCAGCCAAAACGGCUCAUUGGAGAUCAAAUACCGCCAAAAGAAAAGAGACAAAGACACAGAGGACGACAAAAUGGUGAAACAACGUGGCGGUAGCACACCAGAUUUCAAACUAGACGGCCGACGCGGGUCCAGAGUGAAGCGAUCUGCCCGUAUGUGUGGGGAGUGUGAGCCGUGCCGACGCACGGAGGACUGUGCCUCGUGCGACUUCUGCAAGGACAUGAAGAAGUUUGGGGGACCCAACAAGAUCAGGCAGAAGUGCCGAUUCAGACAGUGUGAAGUCCGGGCCAGAAAAAUGCUGCGAGUGAAGGAGGAGGAGAGUAACAAUGCAAAGGACCGCGACUACUACUCGCGAGACAGUCAACUGUCUGAUGAUUUCAGUGAGACUGAGAUGGAGCUCUACAAGCACUAUAGGGCUGGAGAAUAUGAUGAGCACAACCCGGACUGGGGAAGUGAUGAGGAAGAGGGUCAGUAUCUUGACCCAUCCAUCCACAAGAGGGCUGUCAAGGUUAAACAUGUGAAGAGACGUGAGAAGAGGUCUGAGCGGAAGAAAGAGGACAGUAAAGUGCGGCGGCAUAAACAGAAACAGAAGCACCGCGACAAGGUGCGGCACAACGAGCGGCCAGAGCCGAAAGAUACCCCUGGGUUGCGGCAGUGCCUUGGACCUGGCUGUGUGGAAAUGGCAUGUCCCAACUCCAAAUACUGCUCCGAUGACUGUGGCAUGAAGCUAGCAGCCAACCGCAUCUAUGAGAUCCUCCCUCAGCGCAUCCAGCAGUGGCAGCAGAGCCCCUGCAUAGCUGAGGAGCAGGGCAAGAAGCUUCUGGAACGCAUCCGUCGCGACCAGCAGCAGGCCCGGCUGAGGCUCACCGACAUGGAGCGCCGCUUCCACGAGCUGGAGGGCAUCAUCGCCAAAGCUAAGCAGCACACUGUACAGGAGGACCAAGAGGUGAAUGAAGGGGAUGACGACACCGACCUUCAAAUCUUCUGUGUGUCAUGCAGUCACCCUGUUAAUCCAAAGGUGGCGCUACGACACAUGGAGAGGUGCUAUGCAAAAUAUGAAAGCCAAACAUCAUUUGGCUCGAUGUAUCCCACACGCAUUGAAGGAGCCACAAGGCUUUUCUGUGAUGUGUACAACCCACAGAGUAAAACCUAUUGUAAGAGGCUUCAGGUCCUGUGUCCAGAACACUCAAGGGACCCUAAAGUUCCAGCUGACGAGGUCUGUGGAUGUCCCCUUGUGCGUGACGUGUUUGAGCCAACCGGAGAUUACUGCAGGGUGUCCAAGCGCAAGUGCAACAAGCACUAUUGCUGGGAAAAGCUCAGAAGAGCAGAGGUUGACUUGGAGCGGGUGCGAGUGUGGUACAAGCUGGAUGAGCUGUUUGAACAGGAACGGAACGUUCGUACAGCGAUGACGAAUCGAGCAGGCCUACUAGCUCUCAUGUUGCACCAAACCAUUCAGCACGACCCCAUCACCACAGACCUACGCACUAACAAGGAGAGAUAACCUCAGGUUGUAACCUUGUGGAAGAUGUCCCAAGAAGAGUUGUGGAAUGGAUCGCCGUGCUUCUUUUAAACUCUCGAUUAACAUACUGGUUUUACUUUUUAGUUUGCAUCAACUUUAAAA